AUGGGAAUUGAACACGCAACUGGUGUCGUGAAGCCCUAAAAUUCUGCUCAAUGCAAGGCCUUGGGCGCUCCACGUCAGCUCACUGCGCGCUACAGAGAUCGAGAUGGCUAUGGCCUUGUUCGUCCCUAGCCCUUCUUCUUCCUCCUCCUCCACUCACGGAUGGAAGAGAUUCCAAUCCCCAUCGCGCUCGCGAUCGAUCGUCCAGGUAAGGGCUUCCUCCUCCUCGCCUCCGCCGGAUUCCCCCGGCUCGACGCCGUUGCGCCGCCCGGGAGCGCCUAGCACCGUCAAGCCAGCGCCAUCGCCAUCGCCAUCGCCAUCGCCAUCACCGGACACGCCAGCCCCAUCCCCACCUCCAGCUCCAGCUCCAGCUCCAGCGAAUCCUAUCGCUGCUGCCACUGGAUUUGAGAGCGGCGUGACGGUGGAAUUCCAGCGGCAACGAGCCAAGGAGCUCCAAGAGUACUUCCUGGACAGGAAAUUCCAGCGCCAGGCCGAGGAGGGCCAGAUCUUUGGCUGGAGCCGCAAGAACGAGGUCGGCAAUGGCAGAUGGGCGAUGUUUGGGAUCGCGGUGGGAUUGCUCACAGAGUUCGCGACUGGAUCUAGCAUUGUCGAUCAGCUGAGAAUCGUCGUCGCCAAUCUGGGAAUCGCCGAUUUCGACUAAGGAAGGAGAACUCAAAGAACAAGGAACGCGCGUUUUAGGGCUCAAGUUCGUACAUACCAAUCUCAUUACGUACGCUUGUCGUACGCACAUAGUCAUUCUUACCGUACAGAGAA